AUGAUGGCUUCGGUGCGCAUACCGGAGCAAAAGAUCAUACUGUGUGGCGAAUAUGGUGUUGGGAAAAGCUCAAUAUUCCGUCGGUUUGCAACAAACAACUUCGUAACAUCGACCGACCGGAGGUCCACCCUUGGGCUGGACCACUUUGGACGGACAUUUAAUGUGGGAGAUAAAGAGAUUAAGCUCCAACUUUGGGACACCGGUGGUAUGGAGCGGGUUGCGUCGGUUACCUCCAGCUAUUACAAGUUUGCCGAGGCCGCCAUACUGGUGUUUGCGCUGGACAACGAAUCCUCCUUUCACGCUCUGUCGCAGCACAUGCUGGACGUGGUGACUUAUGCUGAGAAUGCCAAAAUUUUUCUCGUAGGCAAUAAGGUAGACCUAGAAUCUAGCAGUAACGAUCCACCGGUGACGGAUGCGGAUAUGGAAUCAUUUUGCGAGCAGUGCCACAGCCUAAUUAGCGCAACUUACAAAACAUCGUGCAAGACCGGCGAUGGGUUGGAGGAAAUGUUCCGUGACAUUGCGAGCACGCUGGUCGAAUCGAACCGUUCACGAUUGGAGUUACAGGCACUGGAGAGCCAUGGUUUCAAGAUUCAUCCACCGGAUGAAGUGAACGACCCCGGAUGCUUAUGCUAG